GGAUCCGUUAUCGAUUACAAUUUAGAAUUAUCGCCAGAUAUUAAUCUGCAGCAUCGUAUAUAAAUCGUUAUUUCCACGAAACUUCUCAAGUUGUGCCCUGAUAGUCGUACAACCAUGUUCAUCAAGAGUAUUCUUGCCUCUCUUCUCGUGCUCCAGGUUUGCUGGGCCGUCCCCACCGGUAACCUACAUCCCCGUAUCACCGAUGGUGUCGCGGCCUCCCGAGGCGAAUUUCCGUACCAAGUUUCCAUCCAAUAUGGACAGCCACCCCUAGUUAAAUUCAGCCACUCGUGCGGUGGUUCCAUCCUGAACGAAAGGACUAUCUUAACCGCUGGCCAUUGUAUCCUGAAUAACAGAAAAGUCAGAGUCGUCGUUGGCAAAUACGAAUUGAACGCGGAGGAAUCCACUCAACAAGUAGUGAAUGUUGCCAGAAGCGUCGUUCACAGUGGAUACAAAGGUGGCGUCGCGCAACACGACAUUGCUCUGAUGUUCCUGAGCACUCCCUUGAAACUGAACAACGCGGUCCAACCCAUCAGUCUGCCUACGCAAGGACAAAAACAAACUGGCCAAGCUGUUCUUUCCGGAUGGGGAUCAACCUCGAAGUCCAUGUUUCCUAGCAUGCCGAAAGUUCUUCAAAAGGCUCUCGUACCCAUCCUCGAUAACGCCGACUGUUACAAACAGCUCACGUCUCAACCUGUCUCCGGACAGAAACCUGAACUGUUCGAUACCCAGGUCUGCUCUGGAAUCGCUGGCAAGGAAGUGUCUGCUUGCUCUGGUGACUCUGGUGGCCCACUCGCCCAAAACAUUGGUGGAAAACAUGUACAAGUUGGUAUCGUUUCAUGGGGUAUGAUGCCAUGUGGAUCUAGCCACAUGCCUUCCGUGUACACACGUGUCUCGUCCUACAUUGACUGGAUCCACUCCCACCUAUAAUAAAUUUCGUUUCGACCCUGUGCUCUCGAUUCUCCUCGAAUAUUCGACAACAAUGUUGAGAACAAAUAAUACCAAAACAAAAAAAUAAAUAAGCAAAUAAUAC